AUGCGCUUGGAAGAGGUGACGGACGAGUAUGAUCUCCAGGUCGAGCAGGACGACGCCUACACUGACGUCUCCUCCGAAUCAGAGCUUUCAGAAGACGAAGACGAAGGGCCCCUCGACGAAACAUUGUAUGAGCGGGUAGCAGCACUCAAGGAUAUCAUUCCACCACCAACACGAGCAAAGAUCUCCUCUGCUUUUUCAAAGACUAAAUACGGCGUGAGCACUGUUGCACUGUAUGGCGGCAAAUCGCUGUGGGUCAUCACAUCGAGCCUAUUGCUCUUGGGUAUUCCCUUUAUGAUGGCCGUUGAGGCGGAAGCACAGGUGGUCGAGGAGGAGAAGGCAAUCAGCAUGCAGGCUGGCGGCAACGACUUGUUGGCGCCAGGAACAUCAGGUGCAGUAUUCCAGGCGCCGGGACAACAGCAGGGACAGGCAGUCAAGCCGCCUGGCUUCUAG